CGAACAAAAGAAAAGAAAUUUGACAAUAUAAAAAAGAGAAGGCUCCUCUUCACCUAUUCACCUCCUCACCUUUUCUUCCCUCUGCCAUUAAUUUUGAUUCCUUCAAUGUUCUUCUUCUAUAAUUGAUUGUGCAGAUUCCCACCUAAAAACCCAUCAAAGACCUGUGAAUUUUUUCCCAUUUAAUUUCCCUUUUUCUUCUUUUUUUUUUCAUCCUCUUUGUUUUUUUGGGUCUAAAGAGACUGAGAGAGCGAAAAAUUAACAAAAAGGAAAAUACUGCUCCUUUGGGUUUCUGGGUUGUGCGUUGUAGAAACUCUUCUUUCGGUGUCACAGGAAAAGCCUAUUCAAACCCACUCACCGAUAUUUUUUUUUAUUUAAAAAGAUUUUUUUUCCUGAUUUUGUUGAGACUUUGAUAGAGUAAAGGGACCGCUAUUUUUUUCUCCUUUUAUUUUUUUGGUAAUUUUGUUAAUUGAGGUGAGAGGAGUUGAGAGGCAUGGGGAAGCAUGGACCUUGCUGUCAUUGUGGUGUCACAACUACUCCUCUUUGGCGAAAUGGGCCACCUGAUAAGCCUGUUCUCUGCAAUGCAUGUGGUUCAAGGUGGAGAACAAAAGGUUCUUUGAUUAACUACACACCACUGCACGCUCGUGAACUGAUUGAGCAAGAAGGGUUGGAAGUAUGUAAAGUCAAACCUAUACCUGUCAAGCCCAAAGAGAAGAAGCUGCAGAAGAUCAAACAAAGCUCUGGUGCACUGGAAAAUAAGCGUGAAAUACCAUAUUCCGACCAGAACUUCCGGAAAAUGUUAGAAAGAGAUACGAGCAAUUGGUCGAGCUCCGGAUCAGCAACAUCAUAUUCUGAGAGUUGUGCACAUUUUGCAACCAAUGAAGUAAGUGAUUUGACAGGUUCUGCUCAAUCCAAUGUAUGGGACCCUCAAGUACCUUCAAAGAGAAGGACAUGUGUUGUGCGCCAAAAGCCUACGCCUGUUGAGAAGCUCACGAAAGACCUUUAUAUUAUAAUGCAUGAACAACAGUCUUCUUACCUUUCAUCAUCAGAAGAAGAUCUUCUCUAUGAAGGUGAAACUCCAGUUGGUUCUUUUGAGAUUGGCAAUGGAAGUGUUCUCCUUAGAUAUCCUAAUACAAAAGCUAUCGAAGAGGAAUCAGAAGCAAGCUCACUUCCUAAGUCAUGCAUAAUCAAUGAAGAUGAAAGUAAAGGAACAAAGUUUUCAGGUGUUGGCAUGGAAAAAUUCCGGAAGCCUGCAGCGCAUAUGGCACAAUGUCAAGUGAAAAGGGACAAAUCUUCUGACAGAUUGCAUAUCCUUCAAGAUAGAGAUUCACCCCUUUGCUCCACUGAUCUUAAAGAUAUUGUUGAUUUUGAGGUGUUAAUGAGACAUAUGACGGAUGAGGAACAACAGAGACUGAUGAAAUAUCUACCAUCUUUAGAUACUGCUAAAUAUCCUGAAAGCCUCAGAAGCAUGUUUAACAGUUCCCAAUUUGUGGAGACUUUAUCGUAUUUCCAGCAACUACUUCAGGAAGGAAUAUUUGAUUUAUCCAUUUCAGGAACAGAUAAUGAGGAUUACAUUACUUUGAAGAGGCUUGUAUUACAGAAUUUUUCAAGAUCGACAUGGGUUGAACACUAUAAAAGGCUAAAGGAUAUAAAAAAAAAGCAGUAUGUCGGAGGGAAAGAAGUGGUAACUGAUUCUAGUUAUCAUGGACAUUCAAAUUUCACACGCCUCAAGAGGUCAAUGGAUGCCCAAAAUCUGAAAUUUUCAGAGCCCGAUAGUGCCAUGCGUAGCCCUAAAAGAUUGGCCAGCUCCGUAUUUGAUGUCGAAGAUUUUGUUGACAACGAUGGAACUUGCUUCAGUCCAAGAACCAUCUUUGCAACGCCACCGGAGAGGAGCUCCUCGUUGCUUUGCUCUCUUCAAUUCACUGACGAUAACUCCGAUCAUGGCUUGCUCCUCGAUGUCCCCAGCUCUUCGUCAUUCCCAGAAGCUGAGCUCCUCUACUAUACAUCGAAUCCAAAAAGAAACAAUUCCUCUUCUGAGAGCAGAAUUUUUGGUGAUGGAGAAGAGAGCCUCUCCAAUUUGCCCGUUUCUAGUUUCAAUAGCCAAAAGCCUAGACAGAGAUAGUUGAACAAUUCCUGUGAACUUUUCUCAUCGUUCUAUGGUAACUCGUAGCCGGGAAAAGGUUGGUAGAUUUAUAUUGGUAUUUCUCCCUGUAUUUUUUUCGGCAUGGGGAUUUUUCGACGUGGUUAUAUAUGUAGCUGAAAACUGACUGUUUUCUUUGGGAGUGGAGUUUGGAGUUGCAAUGUAAAGCUCAAAUGCACAGAGGAGUGGAUUUUGAAGCAUGGUCAACUGUAAGAGAUAUUGGAGGAGUUCAACAAUAUGAUGCCUCUCAAGACACUAGUGUCUCAGUUUCAGUUGCUGUUUUUCUGCACAGUUUGAAGUACAUGCUUGAUGUAAAUGGCUGGAUUAUGUUAAUUAUGUUAAUGGGAUUGUUGUAUGAGCUUAAAUUACAUGACUAAUGAAGUAGGUGAUAGCUUAUAUGACAUUGUCACUAGUCAUUAUGGGAUAUAUUGAUUAAGGAUAGCGGUAUAUUAUUUACA